AUGGCGGGGCCAAAGGCGCCUAUCGGCUCGCUCUCGGAGCAUGCCACUCAAUCUGCCCGGCUUGCCCGUCGUGAUGCAAAUCCGCGCUCUCGCCCGAUAAAAUCCUCUACCAAAAAGCACAAAAAGGCCAGCCUUGACGACGAGGAGAGCGACAGCUCGAGUGCUAGCAGCGACCAUGGCUCGCAAGCUGGUGACCAGGACUUCCUGCUACAAAUGAUCGCGUCAAGAUCCUCAGCGCCUAAGAGCAAGGCGAAGCAAGCCAGCAGCGGCGCCGCUGUAUUGCCGACCACCAAGGCGAAGGCGAAGUCGACGGCCGAAAGCGUUGCUUCCGAUAAGAAGUCCGCAGGAGCAGCAGUCAAGAAGGAACCGACCUCCGAUGACGAACGUGUCUCAGACGCGGAAUCCGAGUCCGGCUCCAGCUCAGAUUCAAGCUCCGACUCUGAAUCUGAAGUGGCGACGACAGCUGGCAAGUCCAAGAAGACGAAGGAGGGUGGUGGGGCAAGACUGAAGACGGAAUCCGAAUCCGAAUCCGAAUCAUCAGGCAGCGAGAGCGACGGCGGCCAGGCGAAGGCCAAGAAGACUGUUAAGAAGAGCCCAAGCACGACGUCUUCGUCAAGCGAGUCCGGGAGCUCAGGCUCCGAGAGCGAAGCAGAGGAGCCAUCUAACAAGAAGAGGGGCGCGAAAACCAAGAAAGAGAAGACCCAACGCAAGGUGAAGACAAGCGAAUCCGAGGAUUCCACUUCGGAAGAGGAGAGCAGUACAGACGAGUCUACUGCCAAAAAGGCCGAGGCCGAAGGUGCCGAGUCGAGCGAUUCCGAUAGCUCUGCUUCCGAGUCUCAGAGCAGCACCUCCAGCUCGGAAGAUGGGUCAGAUGAGGAGGCGGAUGAGUCCAUGGCAAUUGAUAUGAGGAAUGAUGGGUCUGGUGCUCCUGUCGCCGAAAUUAUUGCAAAUGAUUUCCAUCUCCGAAAGGCUCAAGAGAAUGUGGACGCAUCAGACGUUGCGCAAGUCUUUUCCCAGGCUCAGAUGCAAGGCAAGCAAGUCUGGUACUUUACCGCGCCAGCCUCGAUACCCAUUGAAGUUGUGGAGAAACUGGAGAUCCCGCUGGAAAGGGCCCAAAAGGGACUUUCGAUCCUUUCUCACAACGGCGAUGACUACGGCGUCGCCUUCGAGGAUGCUUCGACCACCCGAUCCAUAAAACUCCUCAUUCCAAACAAAGCGGGUGAUAAAUACGGCAUGCUGAACCGGCCUCUGGACCAAACUGUGCAUCUUAAGCGUAUUACCCAGUUUUCGCACGGCAAUGAGAGCUCUACCACGUUUUCUCAGUCGCACACCACUACGAGCAGACCGGCACGACCCCAGCCGGCCGGCCUCAAAUCCCGAUAUCAUCCCAUCGGGGUCUCCAACGGGUCAGUGGGCAAGAAUGGAGAUCAUACAGCAUCCGAGAACGAUGAGGACGUUGAGAUGAGUCAGGCUCCUGCCCUGCCAUCAUCGCAGCAGAGUGCCAGGAAGCCCAAGGGACCGGUGUUGGUGGAGACACCCAAGCCCGAGAAAAAGAAGAGAAAGCACACGUCCGACAGCGCGCCGCCUUCAAGCCAGCCGGCAGAUGUUACGGGGUCGAGCAAGAAGCCGAAGAAGGCGCGGAUCGAUCUGAUCGAACCCGUCAGCGCUUCCAAGGUCGGCAGGGUGACGCCAAUCUUGCCACCGCGAGUUCCCACGAUGAACGGAGCAUCCGUGACGAAUUCGGGCCGGAAGGAAUCGGUGGUCCCCCUCCCUCCAAACUUCCAGCGCAUGUCUCAGUCGAUGUCUGAUCCACGAUCCUCGCCUACUCGAUCCUCGCCUACCAAAGAGACACCGAAAGCGCACAAGGCCGAUCGCAAAGUGAAGGGCAAGGACAAGGAUGGCGGUAAACCCACUCCCAAAGUCACACCAGUCACGCCCCCCGUUCCUCACGUACAGCGGCGGCCUUAG